GUCGGCCAACUGGUCACUUUAACUGUGGUGCGGGCUAUCGAAGAAAUACCACCUCUAGCGAAGCAACAGCAGAUUGCGCGGAUUUUUAGCAAUAAAGAUUACUAAUAUACCUAAAUUAGCUGCAAUGAACUCCACCCAAAGCACGGUUUAUCACACCUCCGUGGAGCAAAAGCGUCAUGCUCAAGAUGUGGCCAAAAGACAGCGGAUGGGCAAGCAAAUGCCGAGACUACGCGAAAUGCUGCGAGACAAAUACCGCAAGCGAAUCAUUGAAACGCGCAAUAGAUGCACGGAUGCCAAUCGCGAAAUCCAACUGUCCGAACUCAGGGAAAUCCUGCGCCUGGAACUCAGUGAGCUGGAGAAGGAUGUGGAGCUGGAGGAGCUGAUCCUGCAGGAGCUACUCUCAGAUGUAAACGAGUGGUAUGCCCUGGGCGAAAAGAACCUGGAAACGCUCUAUGCAGAGCCAGAUGAGCAGCAAAAGGAUGUCCUGUGCCCAGUUUGCCAGAUUAAAAACCUACGCGACCACAAAGGUGCCUUCAUCUGCGAGUGUGGAAUCCGCUUCGAGCACUCUGCGAGCAUGGAACAGCUUCAGGUGCUGCUACAACAGCAAAUCGCCAGCCAUGAGCUUCAGUGCACUCAGGCCCUACGAUUCUUCAUCGAACCCGCUUCGGGACACCUAUACGACAUGUGCGGCAGCUGCGAUUACUUCUCCUCCGUUUAGGUCCUCCAUGGAGCUUGUUUCCACCGCUGACUGCUGCUAGCUCACUAAAAUGUCUUCUAGGUAAAAAAGAGUGUUAGUCAAGUACACAAGUCAUCAGUUUAUAUUACCAGUGAUCUGCACAGAGGAUUUGAAAGAAUUAUAUUGACAUUAAAUUGUUAUGACAGUGUUAGAUGGUUAAAUGGUUAGAUACUUUCCUAAUAGGAUAUUACAUCAAUAUUAAUCCAAAGAAUAAUACGAGUUAUGGCCAGUAGUGAAAUCUUUAAGCACUCUAAAAUCAAGUAUGUAUUUUGAUAUAAAGGCAGGCCAGAUUAAAUCUUAGGCAUUAUACUUUUGUUUAAGUUAUUCUAAGCUCUUACGAAAUUUAAACAAAAUAAACCAUUGUGACAUUCUAGAAUAAGAACA